AUGUAUAUUCAUAAAAAAGAAAAUAUGAAUCUGCAUAUGAACAACCAUUUUAGUGGUUUAAAUAAUCAUAUAUAUAAUACACAUUUUAAUAGUAAUCAAAAUUAUUUUCAAAACAAUCGAUAUAAUUGUGAUAUAUACGACACUUUUUAUAAAGACGAGGUGAACAAUUUUAACGAGCCCAUCUCGUAUGGAUAUGAUCAAUGCAUCUACAAAAAUAAACCAUAUGCUAAGUUUAAUAAUAAAACAUGUGCGUUAAUAAGUAUGGGGCAAAAAGGUAGCAAACCCGAAAAAAAAGAACUAUAUAAUGUUAAUAAUGAUGCAUAUAAUAAUAUAUACAGCAAUUUGUCAUAUAAUAGUGCAAAUGAAUUUAAGAGAAAAACCUUUAAUUUAAAUAACAUUAAAAUUUUAGAUGAAGAAGAAGAUAAUUAUAGUAGCAACAUAAAUAAUGUAGCCAAUGGAAAACACACCGAUGGGUUAUCCAAUAAUAACCCAUAUAAUUACAAUCAGCAAAAUAACACAAAUAAUUUUCGUAAUUAUAAAAAUGAUAAUACAAAGGAUACAGCAUAUAACUAUACAAAAUUUAAUAGAGAUUAUGAUGGAAAUAUUAGUGAUGGUAAAUAUAAAAAUAGUGAUAAAUAUAGUACCAAUUAUAAUGAUAAUAAUUAUAUGAAUGAUCGUCGAGCUAAUAGUUCCAAUUUGAAUGUUAGAACAUUUCCUAUACCUAAUCAAGAUUUAGGUAACGGUGAUAAUCAAAACAAUUUUAAUAAAAUUGAUAAAAAUAAUUUCCAAUUUAUGUAUAAUAACUAUAAAAAUAAUGAUGGGAAUCUCUAUUAUGACAACAAAUUUAAAAAUUAUAAUUAUAACAUAGCAUCAGCACCCACUGCAGACAGUGUUAAUAAUAUGUUAGAUGGAAAUUUAAAUACAAAUCGAACAUAUAGUGAUUACAUACGAAAUAAUGAAAAACAAUCUGAAAAAAAAUUUAGCAACUUUAACAGUGACAAUUGCCCAUUUGAUAAAGUAGGGACAAAUAAUGACGAUAAAUAUAAAUAUCUUUAUGAUAAUCCGAAUAAUUCAAAAGUUAUGAAUCCAUACAAUAAUGAUAAUUAUUCUGAACGUUCUUCAUUUUAUUCAAAGAAUCCAAAUGGAAUGGCAAACAAAAAUCAUAUCCUCUAUCCCAAUCUGUUAUCUUUUAGAAACAAAGAAAAUGAUGAAAAUGAAAUAAAAAUGGAAAAAAAAAUUAAUUUAUUAAAAAAUAUUAUAGUUCAAAGUCCAACAAAAAAAUAUAAUUCAAGUUUAAAUGAUGAUAUGUAUGAUAGCUAUCCUAAAGAUAAUUUAUAUGCAAAUAUGAUUGGUGAGUAUACUUCGAAUAAUGGUAUAUUAGAUAAAAAGACAAAAUAUAUAAAUAAAGAAAAUUCAAAUUUUGAAGGAAAUCAUAAUACCAACCUUUGUGAUGAUUUAAAUUCAUUUGAAAAACUUAAUGAAACACCAAAUGUAUUUAAUAAAAAUAAAUUUACAAAUAAAAAUCAUUUUCGAAACGAUAAUUAUUUUCAUUAUAAAGAAAAUAAUGAAUUACAUGAUAAGUAUAACUUUGCUAAUAAUGGAGAUAGAGAUAUAAAAAGUUCUAAAGAUGAUGAACAAAAAUAUAAUCGUGAGAAUCCAAAAGGAAAAAGAAGUCAUUCUUUCGUUGAUUAUUAUAACAAUUUAAAACACAUGAACAUGCAUGAUAUUCCAUUUGAUUCAUCAAAUAAUUUAUAUGCUAAUAAAUACCCUAAUCUUGCACAAUAUUCUAAAAAUGGAUAUGAAAACAAACCAUAUAAUUGUUUGAGUGACAGCGUUUCAGAUACAACAAGAUUAGUAGACGGAGCAUAUCCAAAAGAUAAUAUAUCCUCACUUUAUAAUGGUACAAAUAAAAAUGAUGAUAUUAUUGAUAAAUUAUAUUAUAAUGAUGGAAAUAAUUAUAACGGGUUCAAUAAUCUUUUCAAAAAUAAUGAGAGACGAAAUACAGAAUCAUCUCGAAUUGGCACAAAAUUAAAUCUUCAAAAUAAUGCAUAUGAAAAUAAAUAUGACACUAAAUAUAGUGAUGCAAAAGAAAAUUUUAAGUUUAAUACUAACCCAUCUGAAAUUAAUAGUAAACCCUUAGAUAAUUACGACCUUUAUAAACCGAAUAAUCUUAUGCAUAAUCAUCAAAAUAAUAUUAACAAUUUUCGAAAUCAAAUAUAUAGCAAAAAUGAUACGGGCACAUUUCCUAUCAAUAUGAAUAUAAAUCCUAGAUCUAUACCUGGAGAAGCUAUUCCAAAUUUGGAAAAAAAUUCACCAGCUACUUUUAAUAAUAAUGCACACUACUCCAAUUUGAUAAUAAACAAUCGUAAUUAUGGAACUAACGAAACUGCUUUGUCUUUAAAUUCUUAUGAACAAAAAAAUAAUUUGAAUUCAAAUAUUAUAUCAAAUUUUGAAGAUAAUAAGAUUGUAAAAAAAGAUAAUUAUAAUAGCAAAAUUAAAAGUAAUGAUUUAUUUUACACAAAUUUAAGAAAAAAAUAUGGUCUUCUUGAUAAUCAUAAAUAUAAAACACCAAAUAAUAAUUAUGAUUGUAAUAUUGCAAGUACUGCUAGUAGUAUUUCAAGUAUUACAAAUAAUAAAGAAGAUAAAUUAGGAUCUAUAUUUAUUAAAAAAAAAAACGAUACUCAAAAUUUUAUAUCGAAUAAUCCUACUUUAGGGACAGAAAAUAAUAUGUACAACUUUUCAAACCAUAACCAACAAAAUGAAAACAUAAUUCAUACUACAAAUAUGAACCAUCCAAAUAGUUAUACAAAUGAUAAUAUAUAUAAUGAUAUUAUCACACGAAAUAGGCAAUAUAAUCAAGCUCAAAGUUUACCAGACACUAACUAUAAUAUAUUUUCUAACAAAAUUAAUAAAAUUGACCAACCUUUAUUUCGAAGAAAUGAACAUAAUUUAUUUAGUCAUAAGUCUGCAAGUAUCAAUACAGACACUACUACCUCUUUUCAAAGAACUAAUUAUUAUGAUGAGGAUAAAAAAAAUACAAAUAUGUAUAAUAAUAUUAUUAAAAAAAUUGCAAGCGAUACAGAUAGUAAUAAAAAUGGGAUAUAUGAUACGGGUUCUAUAAAAACAUUACCCUCUUGUUUAGAUUCAAGAGUAGAUUCAAAUUUACGAGAGGAAAAUAUUUUUAAUAAAAAUUUUACAAACACGGAUACUUUAAAUAUUGGAGGAAAUAAUAUUAAUCUUUUUCAUAACAUGAACAAAAAAAAUAUUCAUACAAAAGGAAGCAAUACAUACAACUUAAAUUUAAAUAAACAAUUACCACCAUUGCCUUUUAAAAGUUUUACAAAAAAUAAUGCCCUAAAUAAUGAACUUUAUGGAAAUAAUAAUGAACAAAAUUUAAUUAAUGAUAAUAUGGGAACACGAUUUGGACAACGAAACAUUUUGGGUAUGAACAAGUCAGAAGAAAUGAACACAAAUCUAGCCACCUUUAAUAAUAUAUCAAAUAAACCCCUUUUUAAUAAUUACAACUUUGAAAAUACAAAAAUGAAUACAGAUGAUGUAAUGAAAAAUAAAUUAAAAAUAAAUAUUGAAACAAAUAUUGAAACAAAUAAUAUUUUUGAUAAUAAUUAUAUGUUUACAAAAGGCGAUCAAAACAAAGAUUUUAUUCAUGAUAAAGAAAUAGGACAAAAUGAUUCAGACAAUAUUCUGAACAAGUCAUAUAUUAUGCACAAAGAUAAAUAUAAUAUAAAUCAACAAAAAAAUAAUUAUUUAUACAAAAAGUAUGAACCAAAAGAUAAUAAUUUUAUAUCCUCCUACAAAUAUAACACUAAUUAUGAUUAUCAUAAAGACAUACUAAAAAGUGAUAAAAAUUCUGACCAAACUAGCUAUAUAAAUUAUAAUCAAAAAUUAGCUAACAAUUUUCUGAACAGCAAUGUAAAAAGUGAAUAUAAUAAUAUUAUAGAUAAAACAGAUAGCCAAUAUAAUUUGGGGAAAGAUAAAAAAAAUUAUUUAUCUUAUAAUAAAUAUGAAGACAAUAAUUCUAUAACAAAUAAGCCAUGGAAUUUUAACAAAAAUAAAGACACAUCUCUUGGAAAUAAUAUUUCACUUUUAUUAGAAAAAUUAAGUGAUUAUUCAGAAAAAAAUGAUAACCAAUAUAUAAAUAAUUAUGAAAAAAAUAUAUCUAACAAUAAUAACAAUUAUUUUGAUGAAAAUCGUGAUUCGAAUUCUUUGCAAGUUAAUACAAUAAAUUAUAAUGAUAAUAUAAAUAUAGACACAAAUAAUAUAGUUAUAGAAAAUAAUCAUUUAUGUUUUUUUGGGUUAUCUACUUUAUAUCGAUGCAAAUUAAAAGAUCAAAAUUCGUCAUAUAUUGUUAAUGUUGUUGAUUCAAUAUAUCUUAAUAGUCAAAAUGGUAAUGAUACAGUUGCAAAUAAUAUAUUAUUUCAUAAAAGACUUAGACAUAUAAAUAUUUUACCAUAUAAAGGUAAAGCAGCUGAUAAAAGUAAACUAUAUCUAUUUUUUGAAAAUAUACGGGGAAAUAUUUUAAAAGCAUAUACUGCUCCAAUUGAAGAAAACAUUAUUGCCUCAUACGCAUAUCAAAUUAUAGAUUUAUUGGAAUAUAUGCACACAAAUUUUGUCAUAUUUCAUGGCUUGUUCUCUAACAUAAUUUUACUUCAAAAAAAUACCAAGGAAGAGUUAGUGCAAAUUUUAAAUGAAAAAAAUAAAAAUAUUAAUAAAUAUUUUGACAUAUAUAAGCACGGAAUAAUAAAGGUCUUUAACUUUGAUUUUUCUAAUAUCGAUGCGAAUGAAAGCGAUUACGAAUUUGACUUUUAUUGCCUGGCAACCCUAAUCUAUGAAAUGUCCACAAAAUAUAAUACCUACUACUCCAACAAAAUCGAGGGAAUGUACGAGCAGAUACACAACACCAACUUCUUUUUUCCGCAUUUUGUUUCCUUUGAAUUAAAAAAUUUUUGUUAUGAACUAUGCUCAAAGAAACGGCAUUGUUUUAGCGACCUCAAAAAACACGCCUGGUUCCAAAAACAUUUUAAUUUUUAA